UGAUCUUUGCACUUUGCAGCCAUCUUUGGACAUUGAACGAUCGCKAAGGGAAACAUGAAGCUUUCUGUAAUUAACGCUAAAAGUCUCAAAGAAUUGCUCAGUCUAGAGGUCACUCAAGAGACAACAAUCGGAAAUCUUAAAGAGAAAAUCUAUCAGAUCAAAACGAAGCUUUAUCCAAGCAGACAGUCUCUGAGACUUGAGACAAGAGGAAAGUCUUUAAAUGACAGUGAAACUCUAAAAUCUGUUGGAAUCACUGAAGAUGAGGCACAGAUUUAUUUAAAGGAUUUAGGUCCUCAGAUUGGUUGGACUACAGUGUUCCUGUUCGAGUAUAGUGGUCCAAUAGUUUUGUAUCUUUUAUUAUACACACGCCCUGCUCUAGUGUAUGGAGCAAACGCAAGUAGUCAACCCAUGGCAAAAGUUGUACACAUUGCGGCGGCAUGCUGGGCAUUGCACUUUGGUAAAAGACUUUUAGAGACUUUGUUUGUCCACCGUUUCUCAAAGGGCACCAUGCCAUUGUUUAACCUUUUCAAGAAUUGUAGCCAUUACUGGGGAUUUGGUGUUCUUGUUGGAUAUUUUGUCAACCAUCCACUGUAUACUCCACCAAUGUAUGGAGAUAUUCAAAUUUAUGCUGGGUUGGCUGGAUUUAUUUUCAAUGAAUAUGGUAACUUUGUAAUCCACUGUGCUCUAAGGGACCUUAGAUCACCAGGCACAACUGAGCGCAGGAUUCCACAUACCAAUAGCAACCCCAUGACACAAGCUUUCAAGUUCGUCUCUUGUCCAAAUUACACGUAUGAGGUUGGAGCUUGGAUCUGCUUCACAGUCAUGACUCAAACACUGUCAGCUGCUUUCUUUACAUUUGCUGGUUUUUACCAAAUGGCUAUCUGGGCAGAAGGCAAACACCGCAACUACAAGAAGGAAUUCAAAGACUAUCCAAGACAACGUAAAGCUAUCCUUCCCUUUGUACUCUAACAUUACAUGUAAGAUAAAGUAUGAUUCUCUGAAAAUCCAUGUUACACACUGUAAGAUGUACAAUGAUUUGCGUGUAUUUGAAAACCAUUCUGACUCAAUGUUCUGGUUUUGCCAAUGUCAUUUUAAUCCACAAAGUGUGAAAUAAAAUCCAAAAAAUAUAUUUA